AUGGUGGCCAUGCAGAGCGCGCUGCUCCCUUUCCUGGCCCUCUGGGCGGGCUGCUGCCCUGGAGGGGCCCUGACCAGGCAGGGGCCGGGCCUGAGAGAGCCCGUGCUGCAGCCAGCCUCCACAGGGCUUCCCACCCUGCGGCCGCUGCUGCCCAGCCCGUCUGGGCCCCCCGACGUGGUCCAGGCACCCCAGCCCACACCGGCUUCUUCUGCGGGUCGAGUGCGACCCACCCCCGGGAACGGCGGCCCGGACAGCCCUAGUGACGGGCAGCUGGACAGGCCAUGGCUGCGGCCCACCUCCGAGGAGGGAGCCCCUGGAGCCCCCAAACAGCCCCCAGCCCCGCGCUGGAAGGCCCCCGCCAGACCCAGGCUGGCCCAGAGGAAGGCGACGCCGCCAGCAGCCUGGGGGCAGGAGCAGGGUCACAACCACGGGGCCGGCGCUGUGCAGUCCCAUCUCCAGGCCACAGCCGCAGCGGGGCCUGGGGCGGCGAGGCCCCGGGCUGCCGAGCUCAGGCCCUUGCAGGCAACCAGGACCCCCCGAGCCCAAGAGGGGACAGUGGCUGCCGAGGAGGGCCAGGGCAGGCAGGCAGGGGGCCAGGAAGCCAGGAAAAGGGGCCCAGAGCCUAGGAGGCCCCCCAAAGGGGCCUCCCAGCAACCCAGCCCUGGAGGCUGGCGUCGAAAGAAAGAUCACACCCGAGGCCAAGGUGGCAGCGGCAACUCGGAGACCACAGGUCGUGGGCGGAAAAGGCCUGGAAGCAGGCAAGGGCACGGCCAUGGGCUUGCAGACCCGGGCGCUAUGGAGCAGGCCAUGCCCUCCCUGCCGGCCUCCUGCCUCCUGGCCCAGGCGGCCAUUGCCUGUGGCAACGUCAAGAUGAAACACGUCCCUGCCCUGUCCGACCCCAGCCUGACGACGCUCUACCUGGCAGAGAAUGAAAUUGCCGAGAUCCCGGCCAACGCGUUCCUGGGAGCGCCCAACCUGGAGUGCCUGGACUUGAACAAGAACAAGCUGGAUGCCCUUGGCCUGCACCCCGAUGCCUUCAAGAGUCUGACGCGGCUGAUGCGGCUGAACCUGGAUGGGAACUCACUCUCCACGGUGCCGGCCUUGCCUGCCUCCCUGCAGGAGCUCAACCUCAACAACAACCUUCCGCAGGGCCUGCAGCCCAGCAGCCUCCGGGGGCUCGGCCAGCUGCUCACACUGGAGGUGGAAGGGUCCCAUCGGCUGCACGAUGGGAACAUCUCCCCGCUGGCCUUCCAACCCCUACGCAGCCUGCUCUACCUGAGGCUGGACCGGAACCGGCUGCGGACCAUCCCGCCCGGCCUACCAGCCUCCCUGCAGGUGACUGCCUUGGGCACCAACGUCAUCGAGGAGGUGACAGAGGGCACACGGAACCGCAGCCGCAGCCUCAGCGUGCUGGCUCUCAGCAACAACCGGCUGCAGGAGGACCGGCUGGCGCCCCGCGCUUGGCUCGAGCUCCCGUGACUGGAGGCCUUGGACUUGUCGUACAACCGGCUGGUGCACGUGCCCUCCUUCUUGCCCCGGGGCCUCCGCCGCCUGACACUGCACCACAACCGCAUCGAGCGCAUCCCCGGCCACGUGUUCACGCACAUGAAGCCGGGCCUGGAGGUCCUGCAUCUUUCCCACAAUAGCCUGCGUGAGGACGGCAUCCGCGGCGUGUCCUUCCUGGGCCUGCAAGCCUCCCUGGCCGAGCUGCUCCUGGACCACAACCAGCUGCAGGCCGUCCCACAGGGCCUCCUGGGCCUCAGGGCCCUGCAGGUGCUGAGCCUGAGCCACAAGAUCAGGCACGUGCCCCUGAAUUCCAUCUGUGACACACGCGUGGCCCAGGACUCCAACCUCAUCUCCACGCACCUGGAGAACAACCUUAUAGACCGGCGUCAUAUCCCACCCACCACGUUCUCCUGCAUCCGGGCCUACCACAGCGUGGUCCUCCAGCCCCAACAGGGGGAGGGGGCGUCCGCCUAG